AUGUCCUCGAACUUCGGACGCCGGCUAUAUGCCCAUCUUUGGGAAUCGGCAUAUCCAUUCAUAGGCCGCAUACGGCCGAAUCGCGUUCCCGCCCCCGAUGCCUCCAGGAAGGCCUUUGACUCGUUUUUCGCCAGCCAUAGACGGUUAUCAACACCCCCCGGACAGUCCACGCAGCUGACGCGGCGGUUUGCCUCCGGGGGUUUCCUUGUCCUUGUAUCUCAUAGUUCUUCAGCAGCAGAAACUAGUGCCGCCUGCAUUAUCCCAUCGAAACAGCUCGCCGCUCAGUACAUCUGGAAGCGAGCUUUGCAUACCCCAACCGACCGUCCACGUGAAGGAGCCUCUUCUGAUGGCUCUAGAUCACCAAAGGAUGACGACCAUUCUUCGAAGGUCCAAAAGCCCGAUGAACAUUCCUCGCAGACCCCUAACGCCACACCCUCUCAAUAUUCUCAUCAAUCAACAUCUCCCUCCACAAAUCGCCACCACCUGAUGGAUCGCCUGCCGCAUAUGCCGCAUUUACAUCGACCAACAAAAGAAGAGCUUCUGGCUGCAGCAACUGGGUUCUGGUCGCGCCUAAAGGUGCGAUUCAAGUGGUUUUCUAUCCGAAGCGUACGACCCUUCAACCUGGAUGAGAUAACAGCGCUUUUCUCAUGGGUUAUUCUGGGCCAUGUGGUUUGGGUAGUGGUUGGAACUACCACAUUCUUUUCACUCCUAAUUCUUGCUAUUAAUACGGUGUUUGCGCAAGAAACUCUUGCCGGAUGGGUGGGCAGCUACCUUACUAAGUCUUCUGGAGUGAAAGUUGUCUUUGAAUCCGCCAUCGUUCCCAAAUGGAGAAAUGGAGUGAUUACUUUCAAAAAUGUCUUUGUGUCGAGGCGGCCUGGGCAAGGAACAGGGCAUGUCAGCAAGGGCUCUCCCACGACGGCCGCCGCUGCAGCCGCCGCUGCGGCUCGUGGUGAGCACGAACACGAACACGAAUUUGAGGAUACGUCAGCUCCGUCCGAGGAAGAAGAUACAAAUUAUACCCAGUUCGACCUAUCCAUCGAAACCGUCAACGUUACCUUGUCGUUCACGAAGUGGCUUAACGGAAAAGGCCCCCUCCGGGAUGUCGAGGUGAAGGGCAUUCGCGGCGUCGUCGAUCGCCGUCAUGUCUACUGGCCAGCGGAAGAUUUGGACCCCUUGUCAUACCGCCACGAGCAUCACCCUGGGGAUUUUGAGAUCGACUCUUUCAAGAUGCACGAUGUAUUGGUUUCAAUCUAUCAGCCUGAUAAUUUUAGGCCCUUCUCUGUCAGCAUCUUCUCCUGCGACCUUCCUCAGCUGCGAAAGCAAUGGCUCUUCUACGAUUUUCUGUCCGCCAAUAUGAUGUCCGGAUCCUUUGACAACUCGCUGUUUACUAUUCACCCUCGUCAAACCCAUGGCUUCACGGGGGCCCGACUGGCUGAUGGGAUGGAGGAAGAUGGCAAGCUUAGUCCCUGGAAAAAACAUAACCGCAUCCGGGUCGACGGGCUCAACAUUGACCAUCUCAAUCGAGGUGUCCAGGGCCCGUUCUCAUGGAUUCACGAAGGUACCGUAGAUAUUAUCGCCGACAUCAUGUUACCGGCUGAGAACGAUGAAAGCCUGGCCAAAGUCAUGGUUGAUUUCUACGACCGCCUGGAAGCCACCGUCACCUCAAAUCAGUAUUCCGAAUCUUUGUCCCAGCGAUCUCGGGAGGACCCAGAGUCCUUGUCGGAAGCCGACAAGCGGUUCCUUGCCAUGGACCUGCGUGUCAACCUCAAUAACGUCCGGGCUGCGGUUCCGAUUUUCACCCGAGAUCUUUCCUAUAUCAACAACGCUCUCAUUCGACCUAUUGUCGCCUACAUCAACUCGAAACGUACUUUUAUCCCCAUCAAUUGCCGCCUUGUCAAGCGCGCUAGUGACUUUGAUGGAAGCUGGACCAUCUUUGACAGUGGCCUGAUGGACGACCUGUCCGCUGCGACCUAUGACGCGUUCGCACGAGAUGUUGUGGACGAUCAAGCCCGCAAGCGGCGAUUCAAGAAGGUUGGAUUCUGGUCUCUUCAGCUGGCUGCCCAGGCUAUCUUUUUGGGCAUGGCGGGCAACAUCGCCUGA